CCGGGUCAGAGAAUGAGCUUCCACAUACCACGGGAACGUGUUUUCCAGCAUGUCAAGAGGUGCUUACCUACCUGGAGCAACAUCUGGAUUAAUGGUGGGACACGGUUCUCAGCUUUGCCCUUGGUUUCAAGCGUGACCUAAGCAACACAAACUACACCUAGGAAAGACAGCGUUUAUUCCAGAAUAAGCAUUUCCCCCAAAGGGCUCGGAUGGAAAAAGCCUUAAUUGACGACCAGACGCUUGAAUUCAUGUCCUUGCCCGGACGGUUGUCAUUCACCGCUCGGAGAGGUGCUGAGAGGAGGAGCAGGGGCGUGCGCCUCCGGGAGGACUCUCGUCCUGACUCGGUGAAGGUUCCUUCUCCCUCUUCCCCCCAGCCCCUCAUCCCUCCUCGGCGAGGCAGCCCACCCGGGAGGGCUGGAAUAGCAGCCCUCUGCCGUGUGCGUGUGUGAAGUUGCUGACAUGACUGCUGCUGGGUCCCGGUGCACCGGUAGCGGCGGGGAGCCGGAUUUAAAGGGGAAUUGUGCUGCAGACAAUGCACAGCAGCAGCAUCUGGAGCAGCCCUGGGGACCGGCGCUCGGGUUUUGACAUUGCUGCACACACGGCACCAGCCGCAAUGACAGCAGCUGCCUGGAGUGGCUGCAGGCAGCAGGCAGGAGCAUGAAGUAGAGAGAUCACUGCAGUGCUCAAGAUGAACUCCUCUUUGGUUGGCAACCAGAGUGGCCGGCCGUUCUGUCUCCUGGCCAUUAGCUAUCUGGAGACCAUCAAUUUUUGCCUCCUGGAAGUGGUUGUUAUUGUGUUCCUCAUGGUGCUGAUUAUUUCGGGCAACAUUAUCGUGAUAUUUGUCUUUCACUGUGCACCUCUGCUGAACCACCACACCACCAGCUACUUUAUCCAGACUAUGGCGUAUGCUGACCUCCUGGUGGGCGUGAGCUGUCUGGUGCCUUCUUUGUCUCUGCUGCACUACCCUAUUGUUUUAAGUGAGUCCUUGGUUUGCCAAAUCUUUGGUUAUGUGGUGUCAGUGCUGAAGAGCGUCUCCAUGGCCUCUUUGGCAUGCAUUAGCAUUGACAGAUACAUUGCCAUCACGAAGCCGCUGACCUACAACACGCUGGUUACCCCGUGGAGACUUCGAAUCUGCAUACUGAUCAUUUGGCUGUACUCCUGCCUGGUCUUCUUACCCUCCUUUCACUGGGGAAAGCCUGGAUAUCACGGGGAUGUGUUUCAGUGGUGUGCCAAUUCCUGGAGCACCGAUCCCUAUUUUACCCUCUUCAUUGUGGUGAUGCUCUAUGCCCCGGCUGCUUUCAUCGUCUGCUUCACUUACUUCAACAUCUUCCGCAUCUGCCAGCAGCACACCAAGGAGAUCAACGAGAGGCGAGUGCGCUUCAGCUCUCAGGAUGGCGAGGCUGGGGAGGCACAGCCCUGCCCGGACAAGCGCUAUGCCAUGGUUCUUUUCCGCAUCACCAGUGUCUUCUACAUCCUCUGGUUGCCCUACAUAAUCUAUUUUCUGCUGGAGAGCUCCAAUGUCUAUAGUAACCGCGUUGCAUCCUUCUUGACCACUUGGCUUGCCAUUAGCAACAGUUUCUGCAACUGUGUCAUUUACAGUCUCUCCAACAGUGUCUUUCAGAAGGGACUUAAGCGUCUCUCGGGGGCUAUUUGUGCCUCUUGCGCUAGACAGAGGGUAGCUAAGGACUCCUCUACCUCUAGGAGUAAAAGAUCUUCCAAUGGAUGUCAUGUCUAAGACGCCUAUCAGCUGGACUGGAAAGUGCAGGGACAAUUCCGUAAAUUGCAAAAUAAGUUAAAUAUGAUUUUAAGAUGUCCAGAUUUGCAAAAAGGUUUCUGAGAAAUGCUGCUGACAUAGAAGAAUCAGGAGCACAUAUCAUUGUGGUUUCACUUUAAAAAAUUAUUGCUGUGGAGGAGGCUGUGGAGUUUCACCUCCAUAUUCAUUUUUAAGAAUAAAGCUGUAUCUUGACACUUACCUCUCCAGCUGGUGUGACUGAAUGGAGUGGGUGUCUGAGAGCUUCGGCAAAAUGUAGUCUUUCUUACAGCUUUACUAGGUUCUUUUGAGAUUCGUGCUUCACAUGUAAAUGAUAGAUCUGAAGUGGAAA